UAAUAUCCGUUGUGCGCAUACCCUGCGGUCUUGUCCCUUAGUAUAACUUUUCUCUGUGGUGUCAUUCCUGCCCCGCUUGCUACUGUAGGUUAGUGCUGACCAGACGAGGUAGCGCUUUCUGUAUUGGCUUCACGCAAGAGUUCUCAGAGCGGUGGGAAUGAACGUGGAUCUAUCCGUCUUGUUUGGUUGGAGCGCUCUGAACAGGCAGCGACUCGAACACGGUCCCGAAACGAGGGCUGUGCGUGUAUAAAGCGAGAGAAGUGUCGCUGCGUCCCGGUAAACAUAAUGCGUGCUCUGUUUAGUGUCCUGUAUCCAGUGAUUGCAAUCACGGUCUUCGGAUUAUAUCCGUCAAUGACAAUCGGGCCUAAGGAGGGUUGGCAGGUGUACAGCUCAGCCCAGGACGCAGACGGCAGGUGUAUCUGCACAGUAGUGGCACCUGAACAGAACCUGUGCUCCAGAGACGCUAAGGGAAGACAGCUCCGCCAGCUACUGGAGAAGGUGCAGAACAUGUCCCAGUCCAUUGAAGUGUUGAAUCUGCGGACUCAAAGGGACUUCCAGUAUGUCAUGAAGAUGGAGAAUCAGAUGAAGGGGCUCCGGACCAAAUUCAAACAGAUAGAAGACGACAGGAAGACCAUUAUGGCCAGGAAUUUCCAGGAGCUUAAGGAGAAGAUGGAUGAGCUGCAGCCUCUGAUCCCUGUGUUGGAGCAGUACAAGACUGAUGCCCAGCUUAUCUCCUCCUUUAAAGAGGAGAUCAGGAACCUGUCCAUGGUCCUUGCAGCCAUUCAGGAGGAGAUGGGAGCAUAUGAUUAUGAUGAACUCUACCAGAGGGUCCUUCGACUGGACAGCAGGCUACGCAACUGCAUGGGCAAACUAACAUGUGGGAAAUUAAUGAAAAUCACUGGACCGGUAACAAUAAAGACAUCUGGCACGCGGUUUGGAGCGUGGAUGACUGAUCCCCAGGCCUCUCAGAGAAACAACAGGGUCUGGUACAUGGACAGCUACACCAACAGUAAGAUUGUACGUGAGUACAAGACCAUGGAAGACUUUGUUGCCAAUGCAGUUUCUCGAACGUACAACCUUCCAUUUAAAUGGGAGGGAACCGGUCAUGUGGUGUACAAUGGAUCCCUGUACUACAACAAGUAUCAGAGCAACAUCAUCGUGAAAUACAGUUUUGAGACAGGCCGGGUUUUGGCUCAACGGGCUCUGGAGUAUUCCGGCUUCCACAACACCUACUCAUACUCUUGGGGCGGAUUCUCUGACAUUGAUGUCAUGACUGAUGAACUGGGCAUGUGGUUGGUGUAUGCAACCAAUCAGAAUGCUGGGAAUAUUGUCAUCGCCCAAAUGGACCCGGACACACUGGAAGUCCAAAAGACAUGGAAUACAGAAUAUUCCAAACGUAAUGCGGGAGAGUCCUUUAUGAUCUGCGGAACACUCUACAUCACCAACUCUCACCUGACAGGUGCUAAAGUGUACUACUCGUACUCCACCAAGACGUCCAGCUAUGAAUACACAGAUAUCCCAUUCCAUAAUCAGUACUUUCACAUCUCCAUGUUAGACUACAAUGCCAGGGAGAGGGCACUUUAUGCAUGGAACAAUGGACACCAAGUGCUGUUCAAUGUCACACUGUUCCACGUCAUUAAAACCGAAGACGACUCCUAGAUUACACAGGACACCAAAUGUCAGAGGUCCUCAUAAUGGACACUGUACUAAUUAAAACAACUUUCAAAGACAUACCAUCAUGAUUUUCGAUUUACAGUUUUUCACAAUCGCUAACACAUUUAAACUGGUUUUAUGAACAAUGUACACACAUUUUUUUUCUAAAUUCCAGAAGAAAGACCAUUUACCCCGACCCAUAAGCACUAUUCACCUGUUUUAACACAAAUCUCUGUUCCAUUUACACUUUUUUUUUUGCAAAACUCUACACACAACUCUCUUUGUAAAGCACAAUUGUCACCAUGUUGUCAUUUAAAAAACAUUGCCAUUCAAGAACCCAUGUCAUCGCAAUUCUAACACUCUCAACCACCAGUUGUCGAGGUGUAAACAAAUCAAGCAUAAUUAAUCAACAUGCAAUCAGGAUGUUGGCAUGAAUUAAAAAGAGCCACAGUUAAGCCCAUCUGUGUUUUGGAAUAUUGAAAGACAGCAUCUGAGUUAGGUAAUGGAAGGUGGAUGGGGAAGAGGAAAAGAAACUAUGAUCUACAGUGGGGAGAGCAAGUAUUUGAUACCCCGUUGAUUUUGCAGGUUCUUCCACUUACACAGCAUGUAG